GGCGGGUUUGUGUGCAGCCUUUUGUUUGUGUGUAUUUUCGGGAUAUUUUAAUUAUUGCAGCGCACGUUGCAUUGACCAAAACCAAAAAAAAAGAUACAAUAGCCACGGGAGUAGAAGACGGUUUAAAAUACAAUAUUACCCGUCGGGUACGUCUUUUAUUUACCAAAAAAAAACAAAAGCCUCAGCCUCUCUUCUCAAUUUGAGACUGGAUACGAUGGGCAAGAAGCAGAACAAGAAGAAAGUGGAGGAGGUUCUGGAGGAGGAGGAGGAGGAGUACGUGGUGGAGAAGGUCCUGGACAGGCGCAUCGUCAAGGGGAAGGUGGAGUACCUCCUCAAGUGGAAAGGGUUCACAGAUGACGACAACACAUGGGAGCCAGAGGAAAACCUAGACUGUCCCGACCUCAUCGCGGAAUUCCUGCAGUCCCAGAAAAUAGCGCAUGACGGCGUGGAUAAGUCAGAGGGCCCAAAGCGGAAAGCGGAGUCCGAUACAGAAACCGAGGAGAGUAAAAACAAGAAGAAGAGAGAGGAGCAAGAGAAACCGAGAGGUUUUGCCCGAGGGCUGGAGCCAGAGCGGAUUAUCGGGGCAACGGAUUCGAGUGGAGAGCUCAUGUUCCUGAUGAAGUGGAAAAACUCCGACGAGGCUGACCUGGUGCCGGCGAAAGAGGCAAACGUGAAGUGCCCCCAGGUGGUAAUCUCUUUUUACGAGGAGCGCCUGACGUGGCACUCGUACCCGACCGAGGAAGAGGAGAAGAAGGAGGAGAAGUAACUGGGCGCGAGGGGCUCAGAGAAACACAGACACACACACAUACACACCUCCCCUUUAACACUUCACACGACGAGAAAAAGAAUAAUCCUGACGUGUCCAGAACUGGUUUUCCCUUGUACAGAUGUGAAGUUUUCAAGGCAUUACUUUGUAGUUCAUUUCGGACAUAUUAUCAUCGUCUCUGAUAGGGAGGGGGCGGGCAGGUUGGUUUUAUUUUUUAAAUCCAGCAGGAGUUUCUCUCUUGAAUUUCGUUACAGUUUUCUCUCCAGGUCUUGGGUAUCACAACUGAUCGUAGCAGCCAGUGAAUUGUAGAUUAGUUGCCUUGGCUUGUAGAACGCUUGUGGGGUGCCGACUAGAGUCAGAGGCUCUCCUUGUUCAGUGUUGGGUGUUGUUGUUUUCCCCCCACCCACCCCCCAACCCCUCACUCAGACUGCUCCCUGCCCCUCCUUUUCCGUUGCGCGUCUCUCGGAUACGAGGGGCGACUCGCACGGCUUUUAAGAAGUCCCCGGUGGGGACUGGGAGGGUGGCGGGACCCAGCGGCUCCCGCCACUGUUCUGUCCCUCCACACCACCCCCCCCCCACCCUGCCUUCCCUCUGCAGCACCCUCUGGUGGUCUCCGCGCCAAAGGCCGAGGAAACGCCUGGUAGCCCAAGGGGCCACCCGCUGCUACCCCAACCAACCUGCGGGAGGCUUGUUGAUGUACGCUGCCUCCCUUCCCCUCGGUUCUCUCUCUCCCCCUCCCUCUCUCUCUCCAUUCUUCAGUCGUGUUUCCAUUGUAGUGAAAGACCCAGCUUUUGUUCGACCCGCCCUUACUUUGAGGCCUGGAGGUGACAGUUCGGUGGGUGCCAGGAUUUCAUCCAUCUCUGAGGCUGCUGACGGCCUCCUGCCUGUUACUGGAGAUGUUGUCCUGCACCAGAGCCCCUCCAUCCUGGCGCCCCCCCACCCCCCACCCCCCCCCCGAUGGACUUGCAUUAACACCUACCCACCAAUUCUCUGCAGCACACAAGCUUCUGACACUUGGUGACUGGGUCCGUGAGCAGGGUGGAGGUCAAGUGCAGGCAGAACUGAGAAGGACGUGCCAGUCUGCGACGGACGUGAUGAAUCAGUGUUUUUAGUUUUAAGCAACAUCCCCGCUCCCCCUCCCCGCCCGAGGUUCACACCCCAAUCAUCUCUCUGGUGUCCCAGUCUUUUCCUCCAGUGUUUUCUGCUUGUUACAGUCACGAUGGGGCAGGCUGUGCUCCCCCCAAUCUCUUCCACCUCCCCUCCCGUCAGCAGCCGUUGAGAGAGUGAGCUCUGACAAGCCCCCCUCUUCAUCUUGACGCAGCAGCGCAGAGCGAGGCCUGAGCUUUGAGACUCCACGGGUGGACAGAGGUGGCCCGAGGUAGGGGGGGUGGGCUGCGUUGUUCCACAUGUUCUGGGAGUGACAGCUGACCCGGGCAUCUCACCCAGCCCCAGAGCACCUCUGAUAAUCGACAGCGGUUUCUGGUUUGACGUAAACCUCCUUCCCGUCCUUUCGCCAAAUCCACCUGCGGUGGGGAGGAGGGAAGACGGCGAGCGCCACUUUACCGGCUUGCAUUUUUCUUUCAUCCCUGCUGGCUGCCCUCUCUCUUUCCCUCUCUCUCGCUCCCUCCCUCCCCGGGGAAAAACUCAUCUUGGGUUUGUGGUCAGUAAAGGGUGGGGGGGGGUGGGGAAGAGACGAUCCCCUGGAGCCAGUAGCGGUCGCAGAUCGAGCUGAAAGGUGUACGGUUAUUCUCUCUGCAAUAUUCUGCUUUUUGAAACAGUGGAGGGCUGAGGGGAGGUUUUACGUUUCCGGGGAGGCCUGGGGUAAAAGGGAGAGAGCAGAGAAUCUGGUUUAGGCCACCUACUGUUAGCUGGGGAUGGCGGAGUUGGGGGGUGGGGGAGGUUGGCGGGAGAGACUCUCCUCAUUUGGUAUUCUGGAAAUCCAUCGGCCUCACACAGCAGAAGUAUUGAUUUGACAGUGUUCUGGUGUUAUUGCAGUAAGACCGAUUAUAAUGUGCUCAGUAGUACUUUUUAAACAGGAUGGGGAGGGAGGGAGGGGGGGAAUAUAUUUGUGUCUGAGGUAUUUGUGGAGGGAAAGUGGCAAAAGCUCGGAGAUUGAAGUGUUGGUGUCACUUUCCUGGCUUUCAUCUGUUGGAGCCCUUCUGCCCCAUUCACAUUGGCUCCUCAGAUGUCGUCUUUUAGAGGGGAGAACUGAUUUUAGCUGGUUUUAAAGGAUCUGUUUUUUGUAGAAUUCCUACCGAGUAUUGUGAUAACUGCUUCUUGCAGCUCUGCACUGUGCGUGCCACUGACUGCGCGCACAAAUAUUAUUGUGUAAUAAAACGGAAAAAGAAUAACCCCUUCUCAGCG